UUCAAAUCAAUUAUAUUUUUUGGAAUUUCAGGAAACACAACACAAGCCAGAAUGUCCGAACAGGCGCCGACCACAACAGGGACACCUGCGGAUCCACCUAAUGUAUUUAACAACACGCCUCAAAUGUUUAAACCGUCCUUCCGAAGCAGCAAGGUGAAGCGCCAAUUUCAAUGUUGCGUCGCAAGGGAAUAUUACAGUGAGUACUCCAACAUGGUGGACUCGCUGCACAUCACGCCGCGGAUGAUGAUCCACCACAAGGGCUUUAAGGUGAACAACACUUACGGCCUGACUCUCAACAUCAAAAACACGGGAUUGUUCCCACGCCUGGUCAACGUAACCACCGACAGUCCCGAGGACACCUCCAUUUCGAUCGCGGAACUGGACCUGCACCGCUACCUGGACACCGACGAGGUCCUGGAGGUCAAGAUCUGGAUCCGGGCCAGCUCGAAAAGGGACAUCAACCGGCGGCGCCACGUGCUGCUCGAGUGCUUCCACCCCAACAUCAUUUUCCAAGUGCCCAUUAUCGUUCUCGACAAGCUGAAGUACCCCUCGAUUAGCGACAGCAUCACCUUCCCCAGCUGCGUGCCCGGCAACAAGACGCACUACGAGAUGGUCAUCUACAACCCCACCAAGGAUCACGUGCGAGUGCGCUACAGAAACACCAACCGGGGACUGGAGAUCAACGAUAACAACAAGGACGUCCUGCCGCCGAGGGACUUCGCCAGGCUGCUGCUGGUCAUCCACCCACAGAAGCUGAGCGUCUACAGGGGCUUCUUCAACAUCAAGUUCGGCGUGUGGCCUCCCAAGCCGGUGCUGUUCGUGUUCACGCCCAAGUCGAUGGGCGUGCACCUGAGCCUCGGGAGCGUGGUCUUCGGCACGAACAAGUUCCUCAAGGAGGAGGUGCGCACGGUCACCGUCUGCAACGAGAGCCAGCACGAGGUGUCCGCUUCGGGGGACUUCCGCGUGGACUCCGCCGCCAAGGAGGUGAGCGCCAGCACCGACGACGACGGUUCCGCGGUGUCCGACAAGCUGAUCGACGACGCCGUCAGCAUGCGCAGCGUGCUGCUCUUCGACUUCGAGGAGAAGGCCAGCGUGCAGAACGUCCUCUGCGACGCGAGGGCCUCGAAGCACUUCGAGUUCGUGCUGCCCAGCAGGAUCUUUGCCGGCAGCUCGGCGGACAUAAAGCUGGCCUUCUACCCGAAGUACGACGCCGAGAGCCCGUUCCCCGACGACCUGGCCCCCUACUUCCAGCGCACGCGCCUCGUCUUCUGCUUCAGCGACGCCGAGGACUGCGUCGAGUCGCACUCCGUCAUGCUGGCCGGGCUCAUCGGGGGCGUCGAGGUGGAGUUCCACCCGAAGACCAUCGACUUCCGCAAGAUCUACCUGGGUGAGGAGCACUGCGCGCAGAUCAAGGUGCUCAACGUGGAUGAUGUGCCUGCAAGAGUCGUCUACAAGGACUCCUCCGAUCCAGACGUGGUCGGCAUCCGCGUCUCGCCCGCGGAAGGCUUCCUGCUGGAUCCCUGCACCCGCGGCAUCUUCAACCUGUCCUUCUACUCGCUGAUCCCCGGCAGGUUCUCCAUCACGCUGCACUUCAAGGUGGAGAACGGGAGCCACUACAAGGUCACGCUGAAGGGCACUGGGCAGCCGGUGCAGCUGCGCACCUUCCCCCAGCUGGUGGAGUUCGGCAGCAUCCCGAUCGCGGUGCCCCAGAAGCGGUACAUGCUGCUGAUGAACCCGCUGGCGGUGCCCAUCACGCUGCAGGUGAAGCCCACCGAGGAUGGCGAGGAGACGCCUCUGGUGCUCAACAUCCGCAGCUCCACGGAGAUGCUGCCCAUCACCGUGCGCGACCCCAUUCGCCAUCUGCAGCAGGUGCACGAGGAUCUCCAGAGCACGGAGCCGAAGGAGCCCAGGGAAGUCCGGCUGACGAACACCGUCUCGGAUAUCCUGUCGAUGAAGUCCGCCAAGAUGACCGAUUCCGUGUACAGCCUGGAGUUCGAGGAGGAGGUGAUGGAACCUAUUCCGCAGAUGGCCGCCUUCCUGUUGACGAACCUGAAGAAGCAGAAGAUCUUCGACAAGUCGGAGACCGACCGCCGCGUCAUCCAGGAGGCGAUGACGGGGCUGCUCAACACCAAGUACUUCUCCGUGUUCACCAAGCACAACAACUACAUCUUCAUGGACUGGAACGCGGUGCCGAGCGACCCGCGGGAGGUCUUCUGCGACAACGAGAUCAUCUACCUGCGGCCGAACACCGGGCGCAGCAUCACCAUCCUCCUGGUACCGAACAAGGAGGGCUAUUACCACCGGUCGCUCUCGGUGCGGAUCUGCCCUGCUGUGGCCAAUUCCUCGCUGGAGUCCAGCGACGACCACCCCAUCAUGAAGACCCUCAUCAAGUCGGAGUUCCUCUGCUCGAAGCUCUGGUUCGAAUACAACUGCGUGGUGCCCGAGAUUGAGUGGUCCAACUUGGUAGACCUCUCCCACCGGACGAUCUACGCCGGCGAAGACUACGGCUUCGAUAUGACCUUUUCCAACCGCUCCAUCAUCGGCGCCUUUCUGCACUAUGACGUAAUUCCCACCGAUAUGUCCUUCCGCGACGGCACCUGGAAGUUCUUCAUCGACGGCGGGAUGGAUGUUACCGCCAAGUGCUCCGUCACCUUCCGAUCGCUGAGCAGCACUCGGCUGUCCGGUCUGGUCAAGAUCGUGGGCGCCAACCAACCGUUCCCCUUCCACCUGUUCGCGAAUGUCCUGCCCACGGAGAUUCGGGUCACGCCCAUGUACGUCCACCAGCGCCUGCAGGUCUACGAGAAGUCCGUGGUGCACUUCUACAUCGACAACUACACACCCACGCACACCAAGCUCAGCAUGCGACUGAAAGACAUAGAGUUCCAGUACCUGAGCACGCUGGGCGGAUCCCUGGCCCCCUCUGGUCAGAGCAUGUACACCACGCUAGUCUCGCUGUUUACAGACCCGGACCUCUACCAAAACACCCUGUUCAUCGACUUGCAGUUCGACAACAUGAUAAUGCUGCCCAUCACCUUCCUGGUGGAGGGGGUGCCGCUCUACUUCGAGCCCGACAUCCGCCCGGGCUUCCACGCCGGCCUGCUGUACACCGACACCAAGGAGCAGUUCCAGGAGGGACUCUACCAGCACCGCUUCCCCAUCCGGGUGAUCAACAAGGGCCGGCGCGCCUACCGCGUCCUGAUCAUCCGCCUGAACAGCUUGGGACCGGGAGCCAGCGGCUCCUCCGCCUGCACCACCAACGCGCUGACCGCCCGCUUCGACAUGGAGCCGAAGAACAUUUACCUGACGCCCGGCAGCGAGGCUCAGCUGAACAUCCUGGCCAGCUCGUACGUGGAGGGCUUCGCCACCGGGGACUUCCUGGUGCAGGUCAUCGACCAGAAGUACCCGCAGCGCAAGCACAUCAUCAGGGUCAGGACCUCCGCGGAGUUCGUGGACUGCCAGCUGCUGUGGAGCCCCAAGCAGGUGAACUUCAACUACAAGCGGUGCGAGCCUCUUAAAGAGCGCUCCUACGAGGAGACGCCCCUGCUGGUGAACCCCUGCUCGGUGCCCAUCAACGACCGGGUGACGCUCCAGGUGAGCGGCCCCUUCAAGAUCAAGGAGUUCUACGAGGACGCCUACGAGAAGGAGCUGCGCAUCAGCCUGGCGGGCGGGGAGCGGAAGGAGAUCUUCGUGAUCCUCAACAGGGGCCCGCUGAAGCAGCUCUUCUGCCGCCAGAUCGAGGGCAGGAUCAACGUGACGGCGCUGGGCAGACCGAUGAAGUCGCUGCUCCUGAGGGUGAACGUGAUGGUGCCCGAGGUGGCGAUCCUGCAGCCGGAGCUGGUCCUCUUCGACCGGGGAAAGCCGUACGACAGCAGCAUCCACCUGGUGAACCAGGGCUGCAUGCCGGCCGAGUUCAAGUGGCGGCGGCUGGAGACCAGCGAGGUGUUCGUCGGCGACGAGGACGACCCGGAGGGCAUUGCCGCGGAUGUCCUCUCCGAGAUCCUGCGCAUGCUCGAGUACGACUUCAGCUGCGAGGAGGAGCCGAACAUGACGAGGCGCUACCAGGCGUGCCGCUGCCAGUUCCGCCGCUUCGAGGAGAACGGCGACCUGGUGCUGGAGAUCCUCGAGCAGGUCAUCAACGAGCUGGACCUGCGACACCGGCCCCUGCUCUUCCCGCCCAAGGAUCCCCCGGCCGAGCAGCCGGAGCGGGACCAGAGCUCCUCAAGCGUCGUGCGGGAGACCAUCGCGGACAUCCUCAACCGCCUGCACAUCGACUCGAGCGACCGCUGGUCGGAGCCCUCCACCGAGGACUGCCUGGCCAGCCGGCACAUCUACUUCUACGAGAAGCGGGGCACCGUGGACACGGACCUGGAGUGCCAGCUGCACCUGCCCCACAUCCGCCGCGGCCACGAGAUGCGCGCCGUGUUCGAGCUGGCCUUGCUGGGCGGGAAGAGCCAGCGGUUCACCGUGACCCUGGUGAACCUCCCUCAGAAGAUCAGGUUCCACAAGGACAGCAUCUACCUGGGAGUCAAGCCGUGGUACGAAUCGUUCGAUGCGGUGGUGCGUGUUUCCAACCUGACCCAGUACCCGCUCGAGCUGGUGGUCGUCGAGGUGAAGAGACCGCCUCCGAAGGCGCCCAAGGAGGAGGCGAAGGAGAAGCGGCUGGUGGACGGCUUCUGCAAGAUGCUGACCAGCGACAUCCUGCACCUGGAGCCGGGAUCCGCCGGAGCGGAGCAGAUCCGCGUGAAGGGAAUCCUCGGGUUCAGCGAGAGCUUCCGCCACUCGUUCGGGGCCAUGAUCAACAACAGCGACUCCAACUACUUCUGCCUCCGCGGACAGGGCGUGAUGCCCAUGCUGGACAUGAGCUCGCCGCUCCCGAGGGUUCCGAUGGACCCCCUGGAGGUGGAGGAGGAGUACCGCCUGCUGCAGAGGAUCUACUACUACGACAUCUUCCGCUCCCUCACCGAGGUGGACGAGGAACCGAAGGGCGGGCCGGGGGAGGAGGAGGGCCAGGCGGAGGACAAGGCGUCCGUCACCGAGGACUUCUCCCUGCUCUCCGCCAGCGAGGAGGAGAUGAGCUCCGAGAGGAAGGACCUGCACGACCUGCAGCUCUUCCGCAUGGUGCACACCUACGUGAUGGUGAACAACAACCAGGAGCUGCCCCACGCCACCGUCCUGCGGCAGCUGAUCCUGGCGGAGCGCUACCUGCUUCGCCUCCGCCUGAAGCCCGAGCUGUACGCGCUGCACCAGCAAGUCUACCUGACCCACCAGAAGAUGCACCAGGCGCCGGGCCUCUGGUCGCCGGCGAGGGUCAAGCACUUCACCGUACAGCCCCUUCCCUGCGAGCAGCACGGCUUCGUCCUGGACCUGGGUCCCCUCCACCGGAACACCGUGCGCCGCUUCCAGAUCAAGCUGCACUUCUUCGGACCCGGCAAGCUCAUCGCCGCCGCCCGCACGGCUGUCAGGGUUCCGGGCCUCUACGUGGACUUCAGGGUCGCCGAGGGCAGGCACAACGACAAAAAGUUUGCCUUCUGGGCGGAAAAGUGCACGGCGCUGGAGUUCUUCAAGGACAAGUACAGGAACAUGCUCGAGCGGCUGCUGGACGCGGACCGGGACCCCAAGGUGAAGCACGCGCACUCCUUCGACCUGGACAGGAUGGUCAAGCACCAGCGGGACCUGACGCCCAAGGACCGCCGCCUCGUCGAGGAGUACUACAACAGCCUGAACCCGUCCGUCUACCCGGACCACAAGCACCACUUCACCCUGGCCAAGGUCUUCUCGGGCUGCCUGUCCAACUACUCCGGCGUGGACGUGACCAUGGUGGGGCUCUUCAAGCCCGAGUCCCGCUUCUACGAGAAGGACCAGCUUCUGGAGGACUACCUCUACAUCGAUCUUCACAUGGGGCCUACUCUUCCCGUUUUGCUCAAGGGCGUCUUCGUGUCCUAGGAUGUCUUGAAAUUUAUACGCGUUUAUUGUGGGUGUGUUUGUGUUUGGUGUGGGUUGGGAGUGGGGCUCCUUAGUCCUAUGUGCAGUAAUAAAGCGUUUACUUUGA